AUGGGCAUCUGGGACCUUGUCACGGACCUCGCUGAGGCCGCGCUUCCAUGGAGCACAGUGGAGGCUGAGGCGCCCGCCGCCGAAGAGAAGACUGAGGAGACCACCGAGGAGACCAGCACCAAGGCCGAAGAGCCCGAGCAGGCUUCAGCGGAGGCGGAGGCCGAAGAGGAGCCAGCGGUAGAGGAGGCAGAGGAGGAGGAGGAGGAAGAAGAGGAGGAGGAGGAGGAGGAGGAAGAAGAAGAGGAAGAGACCGUGGAUCCCAAGGAGACGCUUGAAGAAGAAUGCAAACAAUCUAAGGUCUGCGCCGAGCCGAAGCACCACUUCGACGACUGCGUUGAGCGUGUUACUGCCGCCGAGAGCGAAGGCGGUCCCAAGGAGGACUGCGUCGAGGAAUUCUUCCACCUCGCACACUGCGCCACCACCUGUGCGGCCCCCAAGCUCUGGUCUCAGCUCAAGUAA